AUGUCAGCGGACUUGCUUGCGGAGUUUGGGAAUGGUGCAUCCCAUAAUCAGGCUGCAGGAUCUUCUCGCCAAGGAGCCGUCAAUUCUCAUACAAGCUCACUGGUCCCUGAUCUAGACACCUUGGAAGAUACAUCUCUCUCGAAAAUUCCCAGCGAGGACUUGUGGGAUUUUGGGGACUUUCAGAAAGCGCAGACCGAUAAUAGCAAUAAUGAUGUCCUUUUUGAUGCCACCUUGGAGAGGUUUUCAGAUGAUGAAAGUGAUUGGGGCGAAUUCGAGACUGCGGACUCGAAAUCUACCACUGUAUACGGGGGUCUCCAUUUGAUGGACUCGCUCGACUCACUAUCAAUUAAAGAGGAGCCAAAUCCAAAGAACAGCAACCGCCCAGGCAAACCAGUCGAUGGUAUCCCAAACACUUUGAGCAGUAGCUUAACGCUUAAGAGAGCAAAAAUACCCAUUGAAGACGAGUCUUUCGAGGAGUGGGCGGAUUUCACUGAUGGGCCUCCCAUAGAACCAGCCGAUGCAGAUGCCUCGAAGAAUUCGAAUGCCCAGAAAGUUUCCAACAAUGGAAGAGUUGCGGUACAAUCCCCAUUUGCCCCUGAAAAAAGAGAGGUACGGACAUUGCAGAGCCAACCGGCUCCAAGUACAUCUGCAGCUCAUGUCCGUCCUACAAACAUUCCUCCGCCAUCCAUCUUACUCGAGCUGUUUCCUCGGCUGUUUGAGCAACUUCGAAAAGAAGGUGCUGAAGCGAAGAACCCCCCCCAGAAAGAGGAGCAAGUGGAAGCCGUGGCUCUUUCUAUUCUAUACACCUUAAAAGCUGCCGCCAGAGUUGUUGCAGGCCGUCCCUUGCGAUGGAAGAGAGAUGCCAUUCUGAGCCAGAGCAUGAGAAUUGGGCCAGCACGAUCCGGAAAAGCCGGAGGCAUGAAGCUAAGCACGGUGAAUAAAAACGAGGAUAUCAAGGAACAGCAGGAGUCUGUCGAUGUGAUUAAUAUGUGGCGUGAUCGCUCAGCUUUUUUCAAUUCCAUCCUUCAGGCAGCCGGAAAGCGCCCGGUCCAGGUUAUUCAGGAGAACGCUCGAGCUAUGCCUGAACAAGGAGCCUUGAAAGCACCCCACGCAUGCGCCCUUUGCGGGUUGAAAAGGGACGAGAGACUCUCCAAGAUUGACGAUAAUGUAGAGGACAGCUUUGGGGAGUGGUGGACCGACCACUGGGGUCACACUGAUUGCCGACAAUUCUGGGAAACUAACAUGAUCUUACUCAACCAGCGAUAA